AUCGUAUGUUUUCACUUUUCUCACUCCUCGAGCAUCUCCUUCGCUUCUUCAACCUCAAAUCCCUUCCUUUUUUGAGUUUCUUUACUCCAAUUCUCGAAAGAUCUUAGAAUUAAAUUCCCAAAAAGUCAUCUUUUUCAUUCUUGAUUCUGGAAAAAUCCAUACCCAGUUGCCAAGUUUCGCAAUUUCGUUUGUGUACGAUCCAUCGAUGUACUGAGUGAUUAUGAGCUGCAACCCAAAUACUCUAUUAAUGGAGGAACAGAGAGAAGAUAGUGAGUUUUGCAAUGAGCCCAUGGAGGAGGAAGCUACUAAGGGAUUAGGUUUAUCCUCUAAAAAUGAAACCCUAGGUGGUGAGGAUACACACACGGUACAUGUUUCGGAUUCAGGUGUUAGUGGGAUUGAUGCAGAUCCAGAUGUUGGUGUUUCAGCGACUCAAGAUGGCAAUACGGAUAAUUUGGUUUCUGAUGAAGAGGAACAAGUGAAAGCUGAUGAUGUUGAGGUUAGUGGCGAGGAACCUAGAGAUAACGUUGAUGAUGAUGUUGAGGUUAGUGGUAAGGAACCUAAAGAUAACGUUGAUGAUGAUGUUGAGGUUAGUGGUGAGGAACCUAAAGAUAACGUUGAUGAUGAUGUUGCACUUACGGCUAAGUCUGAAGUUAAGAGUAACCAUGGAGAAGGGAAAUAUGUUUCUGAUGAGGAGGCAAAUUGUGAAGUUGAGGAUAAUGGUGAUUCCGAGAAGAAGGCUGACCAAGAGAAGGAAUCAGCAAAGAAGAGUGAAGCUGCUGUAGUUCCAGAGGAGUCUAAUCAAUUUAGCGAAAGGGAAACAAAGGAAGUAACAUCAGGUACUGUUUUGGAAGUUAACUCUGCUUCUGAAAUAAAUGAUGAAGGAAAAUUAACCAGUGUUGAUCAAAAAGAAGAAAACGGAGAAGCCAUGGAGAUCGAUAAUGAGGCAGAGGAACAGGUGGAAGAUGAUGUUAAAGUAUGUGGUGCAUUGGAUAGUGCUUGCAAUGAAUCUGCGGGUGCAAGUGUGGUGCAAACUCAAGAUAUUUCAGAAGCUGAAGCUGACGUGAAUAAUUCCAAUGUAGUAGAUGAAAUGGAAAUUGACGAACGGAAAGAUAAUGCUGAUACGGCAAAUGAUCUUACUGAUUUAGCAAUCCCAAACAGUCCCUCUGAAAAUGCUGCUCCAGGUGAAGUUGAACCGUUGGAUCAUCAUGCUCUUUUUGAUCCAACUUCUGAUAUUACCAACUUUAUUGAUUUCAGUGGUGUAUCAUCUUGGUCAGGAAAUAUACAAGACCUCAAAACCGACACCAGGAAUAUAUCUUUGAAAGAGGAUAAGAAAGCUGCUGAUAUAGCAGAUGAAGUUGCCUCGGUGAGUAUUGAAAAUGGAUCUAGUGAAGCACGUGUUGCUUCUGGAGCACAAUCUCCAGCUGCUACUAUAGAUUGUUCAAAAGAGGCAUCUGAUGCAAUUUUGGGAUCUGAAGAAAAUCAAGAAAGUAAAGAUCAUGAAUGCUUAGAGAAGGAAACAGCAGACCAAAACGAUACAAUGAGAGAGGAAGAGGACAUUACUCAUGAAUCCCAAAGUAUCGACGAUCCAAACAAAAAGGAAGAUACAGAAAUUGAAGAAUAUCCCAAUAUUUCUGAUUAUGCUGCUGAUGAAGCUGGUUCUGAUAUUAAGUCCAAUGGCGUGAAACAAAAGGCUGAUGUCCUGAGUGAGGAUUCACCAGGAGAAGGUAGGAAGACUUUCUCAUUGGCAAAGGUGUCUUUUGCACAAAGGCCCUCCUUUAAGAUUGGUGCAUGCAUAGCAAGAGCUGCUAGUCAGAUGGCAGGAUCGUCUUCAGUUUUGAAGGGUAGUAACUUUGAUGGUGAAACUCUUUCUGUUGAGAGUUUUGUGUCCCAGCUUCACUAUGCAGCAACAGACCCUGAUAAAGAGAACAUUGUCUCUGAAAUUGCUGCUGGCUUUUUCUUAGAUUUCCGAAACUCCUCGGCUUUGCAGCAAGGUACCCCAGAACUGGUAAGCAAGAAAAGAGGUAGACCAUCUAAUUCUACAGGGACUGAAGCAUUCGAGUUUGAGGAAAUGGGCGACACAUACUGGACGGACAGAGUGAUCCACAAUGGUGGUGAAGAGCAAACAUCACCAACUGAAAAAGAAAAUUAUCAGGUUGUGCCAGUUGAGUUGAAACCUGCUCAGGUUCAAAGGACUCGUCGACCUUACAGAAGACGACAGACUCAGAUCAAUAUUCCUCUUUCAGUCUCAGACAAACCGGCAAACUUUGAUGAGAAUGCACCAGCUGAACUUGUAAUGAAGUUUUCUGAAGUGGAUACGAUACCUCCUGAAAAGAGCCUGAGUAAAAUGUUUAGGCAUUUUGGACCAAUAAAGGAGUCGCAAACUGAAGUUGACAAGGAAAAUAAACGGGCUAGAGUAGUUUAUAGGAAGGGUGCUGAUGCCGAAGUUGCUUACAACAGCGCAGGAAGGUUCAGUAUUUUUGGGACGAAAGCGGUGAAUUACGAGCUCAGCUAUACGAUAACAGAAACAUUCAAAGUUCAGCCUUAUGUUGUGUCUUUAGGUGAAGAGGAUGCAGUAAUAUGCCUUCCAUCAUAGUUCAGGUGAAAGAAUCGGCAUGCAUCAAGAGAAGUAAACGAUGACGUAGCUCAAUGGAUUGGAUGCUCUUGCUUGCUUCUUGUUGUUGUUGUUAUCCUUUAGGUAGAGAUUUAGGCUGUGUAAUAUGAGAAAUCAUGUAAGUUCCAGAAUUGUAUCUGUUAUCUUGGAGGUUAGAGAGACAGUUCCCUUUUUGUACAUUUAAUUUGCUGUUACUAAACCAAGUGUUGUUAGGACAUUGAUGGUAAUGGUUAUUAUGUGAAGUGAUCGGGAGAAGUCAGUUUGUUCAAUAUAUGGGCAACUUAUUUUAA